UUUAUUUCAUCAAAGUUUACAAAAGACAGGAAUGAACAUCAACGGCGGUAGUUGAGAGGAGAGGGUGGUAAGUGAUCGAUUGUGGCGAGUGAAAUGAGAAGUUACGACGCGGUCAAUACUCCACUUUUUUGUCUUGUUUUCUCCAUUACCUUUACAUUUUUUUGGGUCUCAUUUUUAUUCCCACCAAAAAAUAAAAAAAAUAAUAAAAACCAACCUUUAUCUUCUUUGUUUUUGCAUUUUUCAAUAUUACUACUUAUAUCUCACACAAGUACUUCAGUUACAAAAAGACAUCACCAACCUGUAAUAACAGUAUACUAAUUAAUCAAUCCUCUUCACAGAUCCCAAAUCUGAUUUAAUUUAUGGUAAUUGAUUUAGAUUAUAUUGUAUUUUGUAUUGAGAAAGAAGAAGAUAAACAUCUAGUUGUAUAGAGGAUGUCUGGACUAUGGAGAUGGAGAAAUGUAAAAUACACAGCACCAGUAAGGCGAAGGAGAACAACAACAGAGACGGGAAUUACAAGGAGGAUAACGCCGAUUAUUCAUCAUCAGAAUCAGCAGUAUCGUGAUUUGGUGAAUUGGGUUCCACAGGUGGGUUGUCAAUUGAAGCGGAGAGAAUCAGUUAUUGGUGUACAAGAAAGGUAUAAAUGGGACCGUGGUGAUGAGUAUCGGAAUUCACCGAGAAGAAUUAGGGCUGAGGCUUAUUGUCCUCGUUGCUCCAAGCAUAUGGAUCUUCUCUUUUCCAGUCGGAAUCAUCAACUCAUCCCUCCUCCUCCUUCCAAUCAUAAUGAUGCUGAUAAAGAUAAUAAUGCUACGAGCAAUAAUAGUGAUUCGCCUAGUUCAUCAGGUUCGAAUCCGGGUCCUUAUCAGGCAGUGAAUUUGUGUCCCAAUUGUAAAACGGCUUACUAUUUCAGGCCCUAUAAGAUGGCACCCUUACAAGGUAGCUUUUUCGAGAUUGGGAGGAUGAAAGGAAAUGGUGGUAAUGGGAAGAGAAAUAGUGAUGAAGAUAAUGGAAAAAGGCAAAGGCCCUCGUUUUGGGAGUCGUUAAAGUCGUAUGGUGGUGAGCCACCCGAGAAUUGGUCACCACCACCUGGUAAUGGGCUGGCAGUGCAUACACCUCCAGGUCCACCAUUUGUACCUGGACUUAAUCUCAUACGAGCUCCUGGAACCGAGGGGAAGAAUGGCGGUGGGCCGGAUGAGGGUAGUGGAGAGAAGAGUGGCUGGGGUGGCGGGUCGAAUUUGGGCAAGAAUUUGCCAACGCCAAAAGAGAUCUGCAAGGGACUUGACAAGUUUGUUAUAGGUCAAGAACGAGCCAAGAAGGUGCUUUCGGUGGGUGUUUAUAAUCACUACAAAAGGAUUUACCAUGCUUCAAUGCAGAAAGGGCCUGGAGCAGAAACGACGAAGGAUGAUAGUGAAGAAAAUGUGGAAUUGGAAAAAAGCAAUGUGCUUUUGAUGGGGCCAACUGGAUCAGGGAAAACACUACUUGCAAAAACCCUUGCACGUUUUGUGAAUGUACCUUUUGUUAUUGCAGACGCAACAACCUUAACACAGGCUGGAUAUGUUGGUGAAGAUGUCGAAUCCAUAUUGUACAAGUUGCUUACGGUUGCUGAAUUUAAUGUGCAAGCAGCACAACAAGGGAUGAUAUACAUUGAUGAAGUUGAUAAGAUAACAAAAAAGGCUGAGAGCUUAAACAUUAGCAGAGAUGUUUCUGGGGAAGGAGUUCAGCAGGCACUACUGAAAAUGCUUGAAGGAACUAUUGUAAAUGUACCUGAAAAGGGAGCAAGGAAGCAUCCUCGUGGUGAGAAUAUUCAGAUAGAUACAAAAGACAUUCUUUUCAUCUGUGGUGGCGCAUUCAUUGAUUUGGAGAAGACUAUUUCUGAGAGACGACAGGAUUCUUCUAUCGGUUUUGGAGCUCCAGUUCGUGCUAACAUGAGAACUGGGGGGAUGACAAAUGCAACUAUAACAUCAUCCUUGCUAGAAUCUGCAGAAAGUAGUGAUUUUAUUUCAUACGGCCUCAUACCAGAGUUUAUUGGGCGCUUUCCUAUUUUAGUUAGUUUAUCUGCACUGACUGAGGACCAGCUUGUUCAGGUCCUCACUGAACCCAAAAAUGCUCUUUGCAAGCAAUAUAAAAAACUAUUUAGCAUGAAUAAUACUAAGCUACAUUUUACGGAGGGUGCCUUAAGGUUGAUUGCCAAGAAAGCGAUGGUCAAAAAUACUGGGGCCAGGGGAUUGAGAGCCUUACUUGAAAGCAUCUUAACUGAUGCGAUGUAUGAGAUUCCUGAUGUCAAAUCUGGGGAUGAUAGAGUAGAUGCUAUUGUGGUAGAUGAAGAGUCGGUUGGUGCGGUAAAUGCACGUGGUUGUGGUGGGAAAGUACUUCGGGGAAACGGUGCGCUGCAACAGUAUCUUGCUCAAGCACAAAUGGUAGAACAAAGAGAAAAUAAUAAUGCGGCCGAAACUGAGCUGCAGGAGGGGGAGUCUGAAGUUUCAUCCAGGGCAAUAAGCAUGUAAGAUUAUUAGAACCACAUUCUUAGGAUUUCAUACAUUGCUUUUUUUAGGGAAAAAAAUUUCCAUUUGUUGUAAAAUGUAAAUUCAUAAUACAGGGUGUUGAUCCCCUUGUAAAACAAAAUAGCAAUCUGCUUCCAGGAAAGUCAUAGGAAAUAGAAAACGGUAUACGAGGAAAAUGUAACCAUUCUAAUUUAUAGGCAGCUGUGAACCGAUUCUUUAGCAAUGAGAAAACUUUGAUUCUUCACA